UGCGUCUCUAUGACAACAGCUGCAAGUGCUGAGGAGCGGACAGAUAUAGCUACAGACGACAGGACAGCAGGUCCUGGAGUAGGAUGAGUGGGGCUUCAGGUCAGAACGGACUAGACAAUCAUGCUCAGGAAGAGUAUGAAGACGACUUUGAGAAAGACCUGGACUGGCUUAUCAGCGAGGAGGGGAGGAGUGAGGAACAGGACCCUGAGGAUGAGGACAUCGAAGCACAAAUCGACAAAGAGCUGGAGGAGGAAGAGGAGCGAGCAAGAAGGAAGCAGGCACUAGAGAAGGAGGGGACAGACGACGAGAGGUGGCCCUCGCCCAUGGAGCCCUACGAGAGCGUGUCGGAGUCGGACGGAGACAGCGCUUUCGAGUCCCUCCCCACGGCCCCUCCCCUAUCACCAGCACCGCCCCUCUAUGCUGCGUCUCCGCCUCCCCCCGAGGCGGAGUCCCUCCCCCCAGCCCCGGCCCUGACGGAGGAUGAGGAACUGGAGGAGGAGAAGAGGCGCGUCCAGGAAAAGAUCCAGCUGGCCAACCAGCAGCUGAAGGCCCAGGAGGCCCCAGACCACUCACGCCGCCGCAGGCUGCAGUUCAAGGACACGCUGGUGGACCUAGUGGUGCCGCCGCUGGAGUACGAGCACAAGGGCGCCCCGCAGAGGAGCGCCGAGGAGGAGCGCGAGGUUUCGGGGAGGAUGUCGGAGCUGCAGAUCUCCCUGCAGGAAGAGGACAGGGCGGGGGGCGCAGGUGGCAGGGAGGGCCGGGUUCUCAUUGAGAAGGACGGGAAGUUUGACCUGGUGAGCCUGAGGGAGGUGGAGAGCCAGGGCCUGCUGCCCCCGCUGCCUUGUUCCAACGGCGAUGGCCCACGUUCCCCCCGCAGCAGUGAACCCGGCACCGGCCACAGCCGAGGCUCCGCCUCCUCACCCAGACUGAGCACCGGUGCCUCCACUGUGACCGAGUUGCUCUACGCCCCCAAGCCCCCACCCCUCACCAGGAGCCGGCCCAACUCGGCAGGCCAAGCCCAACGCAGCGGGGGCAGGAGGGGCACCAAGCGCAGGGUGCAGUCGGCCAACAACACGCCCGCACACACCACAUUCACCCUCACACCCGAGCAGAAGCAACUGCAGAUAAAACUGCAGCAGAGGAGAGAGAGACUGCGCAGAGAGGAGGAAGAGCGCAGGCGUGAGGAAGAGGAGCAGAAGCGGCAGGAGAAUGAGCUGGCCUUCCAGGCGUGGCUGCUGAAGAAGAGGGAGCAGCUGCAGGAGGACCGGCGGAUCCUCCGGGCUCAGGAGAUGGAGAAGAUGAGCAGCAAGAGGGAGCAGUGCGACCCCCAGGAGGCCUUUAAGCUGUGGCUGAGGCGCAAACAGGAGCAGCAGGUGAGGGAGCGGCAGCUGGAGGAGAUGAGGAGACUGGAGGAGGAGAGCGUGUACUACCUGCGCAACCGAGAGGAGUCUGAGAGGGCCUUCAAACUGUGGCUGCGGAGGAAGCAGGCGGAGAAGAAGGCGGAGAUGCGGCUGGCUCGAGAGCGCUCCCGCAGGAUGAUGCUGGAAGCGCGGCGGGCGCGGCGCAUGCAGGACCUGCUCUGCACCGUCAACGAGGCCAAGUCUUUCCACUUCGCCGAUCACUACGGUUACCGUUUCUGAGCCCCGAGCCAUCCUCACCAACCAGAGUCCCCCUUCUGGAAU